AUGGCGAGAACUACCAGCAGAGACGCACAAGCUCUCUUCCAUUCCCUUCGUUCGGCCUAUGCUGCCACUCCUACUAGCCUCAAGAUCAUCGAUCUUUAUGUUGGUUUUGCAGUUUUCACUGCUAUGAUUCAGGUUGUUUACAUGGCCAUUGUUGGGUCAUUUCCAUUCAACUCUUUUCUAUCUGGAGUACUUUCUUGUGUCGGGACUGCAGUCCUUGCUGGUAAGUAG